AUGCCAGAGCGCAGAUUUCCCACCAAGACAAAAGUGAUCGAGAUAGCAUCGUGCAUUGUAUUGUGCAUAUACAAAAGAGGAGAUACGGAGGAUUCCGCUGCUUGUCUUGGGGGGCGGAGUCACUCUCUCGAAUUGAGGCACAGAAAGUGUGCAGGGCAUUUCAAAAAGCACACCAAGCUGCAGGCUCGGUCACACUUCGAAUUCCGGGCUGUUCCUGCAUUCAAAGUAAGCUCGUACGCCAUCCACCUGGGAGCGUCUCCUGUCUGCGUAUACCAGUGCUUCGUAACCUCCCUGAACCUGGAUCUAGCCGGCUGUUCUCUUUACAGAGUCUCACAACGGGUCCAGUUGACCUUUGCUCUCCCACUCUCGUUCUCUGCCCUGCUGACUCCGCAAAAACUAAAGACGAAGAGAGAAGAAGAAAAAAGGUGA